AUGUCGGACACCGUAGUGGUGUGCGCCUCGUGUCCGGAGAAGUUCCACGAUGAAGCUGCUCAACUUUGUGCCGGCAGUGGCAUGCUGAAGGCAUUUGGCAAGUCCGGUGACAUGGUGAACUCGCUCAGUGGCAAGGACUGGGUUGCCAAGUGGGAGGCCAAGGUGGUCACCUGCGUAGUCACGGCGGUGCGUCUUGUGGGCGCCCAGAAAGCGCGGAUUCUUUGCGUGGAAGGAGGAAAGCAUUGCGAUUUGGAGCUGGCCGCGCAGCCGAAGCUGGUCCGGGCCAUCCGCACCGAGCUGGAAGAUCAGGAGUUCCAGGUGCGGGUCGAGUGGAUGGGUUAUGUCGACCUCAAGCACGAGGCUAGCGCUCUCUGCAAGGCCAAAACGACGGCUUCCAAGAAGGGCUCCCAAGCUCCUCCAGCCGCACCGCCGAAGCAGAAGUUCGAGGACAAGGGCAAAGCAGCGCUUUGCAAGUACUUCGCCGAAGGCAAGUGUACCAAAGGCAAGGCCUGUACCUACUCCCAUGUGAACCCAGAGACUACGAACCAAAACGCCAAGAAUCAGAUGAAGCCUUGCAAGUAUUUUGCUGCUGGCCAGUGCGACAAGGGGGCUGCCUGCACCUACGCUCACACCACUCCAACGCUUGUGGCUGAGAAAUCCAAGGCCGAUAAGCAGUCAACCAGACAAGAAUCGAAUCCGCCUGUUUCCGGAUGGGCAUUCAAGUGCGCCGGCUGCCAAUCAUUUCCCAUGCAGGGCAAGGCAAUUUUUAGGUGUAUGGACUGCGACGACUUCGUUUGCUCAAGAUGCCAGAGUCGCAAGGCCGAGUUCCAUGAUCCAUCUCACAAGUUCACUCAGUUCCACGCCGGACCUCCGGAGUACUACAUAUGUUCACAAAAGGGCUGUAAGGCGUCGCUUUUCGAAGACGAGAAGGAACUGGGUCUGCAUCAGAGGCAAAGCAAGCACUCAGGUUCAGUUUGGUGUAUGCUGAGAUGCUUUCAGUGCGAAAAAGACUUCGAGAACUUUAAUGCUUUAGUUCAGCACUGUGCCGCGAAGAGCCACGAUCCCUUGUGGCACUUGUGCAAGGCCUCCAAGAAGUCAAAGGCCAAAGCAAAACCAGCUUCACAGCCCCAGCGCGGCAAUGGCCAGGCAAAGAGUACCAUCAGCAUUUGUCCCGUGUGUUUGAAGGAUUUCAGCACCAUGGAAGCUAUGGAGCAGCACAUGCGGGAUGCAGGCCACGGCAUGGGCAUUCGGCCACCAGGCAGUGUUCAAUGCGGAACCUGCGACAAGUGGUUUGCCUCAUCGCAAGCUUGUUUGCAGCAUAUGGAAGAUGCCCAUGGAGAUGUGCUGACGGUCGGAGGAAUGCCUGCCAGCCGUUUUUUACAACCAGGUGAAAAUUUUUACUUGAUGGGUUAA